CCUUUGAUAGGAACCGGUGUUGUACCGGCUUGUGAGCGCCUCCCUUUUAAACUCACUCUCACAACACACAAAACACAAGUUUGGACAAUAUUUACGAUCUACGACUCUCACCGCACACCGUUUGGAGAUGUGAUUCAUUGUUUCCAUCCGGUGUGACCGAUCUGUACUUUCAAGUUUGCAGUGAAGACGGAGCAUAGGCGAAUUUUCAACGGCAUGCAGAGGAUUUAAGCAGGCGGGUGAACGGAGCGCCGAGGCUGGAUCGCUCUGAAAUCCAACCCGCGGAUUGAGGCCUACAUUCCCGAAGCGGAUACAUGAUUGUGUUGAUCAGUUGACAUGAGGAGAGAAGAUACUGAACCGAGUCAGGACGGUUUUGCUGCCGAUCGUUUGAGACAGGCCCUCCUCCAGCCCUGAAUCCAGCAUGACGGAGGUCCAGGCCACAGUGGAGUUCUCUGUGGAACUCCACAAGUUCUAUAAUGUGGAUCUCUUCCAAAGAGGGUUCUAUCAGAUCCGAUCCAGUAUGAAAGUGCCGCCACGGAUCCCGCAGAGGGUGGAAGCCAGUCUGCUGCAUCCUAUAGGCUCGGAUCUAGCUUUCCCAGCAUCAGUUCAAGAUGAUGUGGUCUGCAGCAAAACCUUUCAGAUCCUUUAUAAAAACGAGGAGAUUGUAGUCAAUGACGUCCUCGUAUUCAAAGUAAUGAUGCUGCUAGAUGCAAAGAAGGUGGAAGAGUCCUUAAAUGAAAUGGACUUUCAGCUGUCUUUGGACCUGUUCUUCACCGAUGGCGACUAUUCACCAGAGGAACCGAGUUCUCUCCAGAGCAUCAGCAGUCGAACGCUGCGUUUGCACUUUAGCCUCCACAGAGGCAUCCACCAGCACGUCAACGUCAUGUUUGACUACUUCCACCUGUCUGUCAUCUCUGCCACAAUCCACGCAUCACUGGUGGCCCUACAUCAACCUCUAAUCAGUUUCCCACGGCCAGUCAAAAGCACCUGGCUAAAUCGUAAUGCUCCGGCACAGAGUAAAGACUCUCUCAUCCCAACGCUGGAGUCUGUGGUGUUUGGCCCUACCUACGUGAAGCAGCUGUCACCGGAUGGCAAAACCUUCCUGGUAUCGGAUCAGUGCCUACAGCACGCCUUCAGCCUGCACCAGAACAUGUGUGCCAGCUUGCUGCGGGCAUAUCAGGGCCUGUUCUGCUAUUUAACCUCGCUGACCAAGAAUCUUCCCGCAUCUCAACGCAUAGAGCUAGCCAAGCCCAGCAUGCAGGUCCUUUAUGAACGAGUUCUCAGAAGACCUUACCCUCCAGGCCAAAGGCACGUCUACAUAGAGGAACUUGAUGUGGAGGCCCGACUUAAUGAGCUUUGUGAACAAGUCAAGCAGAAGGCAGAGAGCCCAGAUGAGUUGGCUGAACUGGUGAACAUGAAUUUGGCCCAGCUAUGCUCUCUGCUUAUGGCAUUAUGGGGAAAUUUCCUGGAAGUGGUGUCCCUGAAUGAGCGUGUCUCUGCGCUGUUGGCCCAGGAGCACCAUACACUACGGGUGCAAAGAUUUGCAGAAGCUUUCUUUUGUCUUGAACACCCAAGACAGAGUGCACUGGCCUACCAGGAACUGCAUGCGCACAGUCACCAACAGAUGACCACAGCUAUCAAGAACUCCUCCUACUUCUUGUCCUUGCCACCUCUUCCUGUUGAAUGUGCUGAUCUUGAUGGGGAUGUGAACUCCCUACCUAUCAUCUUUGAGGACAGAUAUUUGGAGUCAGUUACUGAAGAUCGUGAUGGUCCAUGGCUUGGUCUCCACAACACCAGGAGUGGCUCUGUGUCCACUAAAGCAGACAGGUCUAACUCAAAAGACUGUAUUGCUAGUGGACUGGGAGGCUUCGGCCCGUACCCAGACAAGCAGCAAGCUGCCCUCAGCACAGCUUGGCCUGAGCAAAAUGAGCCUCCCCUCAAAUCCAAAGCCAAAUCUAUCAAGCUUAAGAAGAAUGCCAAGACCGAAAAUUCAAAGAAGCUGAUCAGGCAGAGCUCGAAAGACUCCGUGGUCCUCACAGGCUACAAGAACUUGAAGGUUCCUCACGGUGAACCGACCACUAAGUCCAAAGAAGUUGACACUCAGUGCAAUCCGAAAUGUGAGCUAGAUGAUGCAGGCAAAUACAUCCACCAGAAUGAAACUGCAACCACGCAUUGUGCUCAGAAUACUAAAGACUGCACCACGAGCGACAUUCAAGGUAACGUCGGCAUCCAGUGCGACAGCUUUUCCAAUCUUUUGAGUUUGCAGAUGCAGGCUAAGCCCCAGGCAGGUACUGGAGCAGAAGCCACGCAAAGCGCAGCUGCCAGAAUUGAUUCGACACAUCCACCUGCUGGGCUCAGACAUAUUGAUGUCAAACCGAGCGACAAGGACCCCUACCAGGGCGAUAAGGUCACCAUUCUUUUUCCGCACCACUCAGAUCCAACCACCAAGAGGGAUGUUCCAGAGAUCACACAGACCGAUUUCUCCGAGUUCAAGAGUCGAGUUGUGGACGGCGCCACGUUCGUCGGAGCUUGUGGAGCUGCGUUGAGAACCGAUUGUGUUCCUCAAGCUUCCUCCAGGCUCUCAGACUCAGGAAUCGAAAGCGAGCCCAGCUCUGCGACACAGUUAGCUCCAGUCUCUCCAUCUCCUUUUGCUUCUACUAGCCUGGAGGCGCCUACAGAGCCGAUUCUACAGAGCGCCCACCAGAGACCAUCUCCACUUAGCCCUGCCUCCAGAGGAGCCACUGCACUGGAGGGUCUCAAUUUAGAGAGCACCAGCGGCGUCAGUGGAGUUCAGUCUUCCCUCACCUCCAUUAAUUCACUCCCCUCAGAUGAUGAGGUCGAGACCGAGGUCACUAGCAGAAAGUCCAGCAUCCUCGUGCAGGAACAGAGCCUCAUAUUUUCAGGAGAAUCUCACAGCCUCCCGUUAUCGAACUCUAAAGUUUUGGCUCAACAAAAAGCCUCCAUCAUUCAUGGAGAUGGGCUGCUGUCUCAGAAUGAGGACUCUGCCAUCCAACCUCGCUUUGAAACUAAUGCUCCUGACAGGCCGACGGGAUGUAAUGAGACUGAUCUUCCAGGUGGUGCAGCUUUGGGGCCAGAAGCUUCUAGUGAGCCUCAAACUACUGCCCAGUCCAGUACGUCGGUCACAAGCAGCACAGAUCUGGUGAAAAAAGGUUUUGUGGAGAACUAUUUCGGCUCGCGUUCCAGCACUGAUAUAUCUGAGAUCAGCCCAUUGGAGACUGCAGCUGUAACGCUGGGGAUUCAGACUUGCCCUAAUGCUAAUGACGAGGAAGACGAGGCGGAAGAGCAGGAGCAUGAGAUGAUUGAGAACGGUUACUAUGAGGAGACAGAUGGGGUGGUUUAUGUUAAUGGACUCCCAGGGGAGGAAGGGAGGUGUGAGGAUGGGGGAGCAGAGGGAAGGACACUUUUUUAUGAUCACCUGGGUUUGGAACAGCUCCAGGAAACCUACAUCCCCGCAGCCAGCCUGCAGACACGGCCUCCUGGACCAGCACCAACCAGCAACGACCUAUGCUGGUACAGGAGCGCCCCCACUAAUCAGAUGACAGCGUUUGCCCAAGCAAAAGAGGAGCUGAAGCAACUAAAGUUGCCAGGUUUCCUGUACAGCGAGGUGGCAGAUUUGGCAUCCACUGUGCCAUAUUUCAGCUUGGAUGAGGAUGAAAACGGUGAUGAGGGCAUACACCUAAUAGUGUGUGUACAUGGCCUGGAUGGUAACAGUGCAGAUCUGCGUCUGGUGAAGACAUAUCUGGAGCUUGGUUUGCCUGGAGCUCGUAUAGAUUUCCUAAUGUCAGAACGCAAUCAGAAUGACACAUUUGCUGAUUUUGAAUCCAUGACUGACAGACUUUUGGAUGAAAUAGUGCAGUACAUACAAAUCUACAAUCUCACAGUUUCCAAGAUAAGUUUUGUGGGUCAUUCUCUGGGAAAUCUGAUCGUGCGCUCGGUGCUGACGAGGCCCAGGUUUAAGUGUUAUCUCAGCAGACUGCACACUUUUCUAUCUCUGUCUGGACCUCAUCUUGGCACGCUCUACAACAGCUCAGCCCUCGUCAAUACCGGGUUGUGGUUUAUGCAGAAGUGGAAGAAAUCUGGCUCUCUGCUGCAGCUGACCUGUCGUGACCACUCUGACCCACGCCAGACCUUCCUCUAUAAGCUAAGCAAGAAAGCAGGUCUUCAGUUCUUUAAGAACGUGGUGCUGGUGGGGUCUCUUCAGGACCGAUAUGUCCCCUAUCACUCUGCUCGAAUCGAGAUGUGCAAAACGGCCUUAAAGGACAAACAGACUGGUCCAGUGUAUGCAGAGAUGAUCGAGAACCUUUUACUCCCUGUGCUUCAGAACAAAGACUGUAACCUGGUGCGUUACGAUGUCAUCCACGCGCUGCCCAACACCGCCAACUCCCUGAUUGGCCGGGCAGCCCACAUCGCCGUCCUGGACUCUGAGAUUUUCCUGGAAAAGUUCUUCCUGGUGGCAGGGCUCAAGUUUUUUCAGUAGCCUUGCUAGAUCGGAAGCGAAUACCUCACUGCAAAUGGACGUUUUUCUGGUUAUUUUUUUCCCUCACGGUUUUAGGUAUGCUUUUGGAGGUAAAGCGAAAUAUAUCAGUGUUAUUUUUGUUGUUGAUUUUGUUUCUAUUUAGUCUGUUGUGAAUGUGGAAUUUAUCGUUUUUAUUUUUCUACUGCCAUUUUUUUAAGUACUUUUAAUGCUCUGUUCAUUAUUAAGAAAAUCAAACCUCCUUGUGGUAUUUUUUUUUUUUUUUUUUUUUUUUUUCAGUGUUAUUUAUGUACAAUGUUCAUUUUUACCAUUUUCAUUUAACAAUUCAUUCUAUUAAACUAUCUUAUGCUGAACUGGAAAUGUAGCUGCUAAAAGAGAAUGAACUAUUUAUUCGGGGUGGAAAUCCAGGUCAUCUACAUGGUAAAAGCAUGUUCACUUGAACAUUUUGGUAUCUAGGGUUGGCUUGCAUUGGAACUGCAUAAAACAUAUUUUCUAUUAAGAAAUUGCCAUUUGACUACACAUUUUUUACAAUUUUUUUUUUUUUAUUAUAACGUCAAAGGCUUCCUGAACCUAGACGAACGUGAUUGUAGCUGAAACGAAGCAGCCUUGGACCGCGUGUUGGUUUUAUACAAUGUCUCUGGUGCCCAUUGCAUUCUCAUGCACAGUCUCGACCCAGCCUGGUGUUGGGUGGAGAAAACACACGCUUAGCAUGUUAGUAUUUUUUUUAUUAUUAUUACAGGGGAUACAGGUGACUAAUUAACAACGGGCCAGGUGUGUGGGCUAGACGGUUAGUCAGUUUAAAAAAACAGCACAAAUACUAGUAAUCAGAUCACAUAGUUGUGGGAACGUAUUUAUGUUCGGUUUCCUAUGGAGGAGUUCAUUGACGCUUGUGUGCAAAAAAAACUUUAAAUAGAACAUUGGAAUUUUUUGUUUUUGUUAAAAUGGUUUUGUAACAUGGACUACACAUUUCAUUAAAUGUAUUCGCAAUAAAUAUUUUUUUGUCCUCUC